AUGGCGUACCUAAAGAUUUCCGGAACCAAGAUCAUCGAUCAGAAUGGAAAGGAGGUGAUCUUGAGGGGGGCGGGUCUCGGGGGAUGGAUGAACAUGGAGAACUUCACCAGCGGAUACCCUGGGUGCGAGUUCCAGAUUCGUGCAGCUCUUUCAGGCGUUUUGGGAAGGGAGAAAGCAGAGUUUUUUUUCGACAAGUUCCUCGAAUACUUCUUCACUGAUGCGGAUGCCGCGUUCUUCAAGAGUUUGGGGCUGAACUGUAUCCGCAUCGCCUUCAACUACAGACACUUUGAAGACGACAUGAACCCGCGUGUUCUUAAACCGGAAGGAUUCAAACAUCUUGAUCGGGUGAUCGAUCUAUGCGCUAAGCACGGCAUCUACACCAUCCUCGACCUGCAUGCUGCUCCCGGGGGGCAGAACACCGAUUGGCAUUCUGACGCCGGUACCCAUAUCGCCAACUUCUGGAUUCACAAGGACUUUCAAGACCGUACAGUCUGGCUCUGGGAGGAGCUAGCAAAGCACUACGUUGGAAAUACCACAAUUGCCGGGUACAACCCUCUCAACGAGCCUACAGACCCGUACCAUACACGUGUUAUCGACUUCUACAAUCGUGUAUAUGAUGCUAUCCGCAAGAUUGACCCCCACCACGCCUUAUUCCUUGACGGCAAUACUUUCGCCUCUGAUUUCUCUUGCUUCGGCGACGCGCACAAGAGGUGGGAGAACACCGCGUAUGCGAUCCACGACUAUUCUCUUUUCGGCUUCCCCAUGUCUCCCGAGUCGUAUAUGAGCAGCGAAAACCAGCGCCAUCGGCUCCGCCGAAGCUAUGAGAAGAAGAGAGAGUGGAUGGAUGAGCGGGGUCUGUGUGUGUGGAACGGAGAAUGGGGCCCUGUAUACGCACGCAGGGAGUAUGAGGGUGCAAACACCGAGGCUGUUAAUGAGGAACGUUACAAGGUACUUCAAGACCAGCUCACCAUCUACAACCAGGACCGCCUCAGUUGGUCAAUCUGGCUCUACAAAGAUAUCGGGUUUCAAGGCAUGGUGUAUGUCUCCAGAGAGACGCCGUACAUGACCCUGUUCAAGGACUUCCUUGCGAAGAAACACCGACUCGCAAUCGAUGCAUGGGGCGCGGAUGAGUCCCAGAUUCGUCACAUCUACCAGCCACUGAUCGACCACAUCACGAAGGAGGUGCCUGAGCAGUAUCAGAACCUCUACCCGUGGCCCGUAUGGAAGCUCGACUCUCGUGUGGGUCGGCUCUCCCGCAACAUUCUGGUCUCGGAAUUCCUGAUCCAGGAAUGGGCAGAUCACUUCAAAGGCAAGACCGAGAAAGAGCUCGAUGACAUUGCGAAGAGCUUUGCCUUCGAGAACUGUCUGCACCGUGAGGGGCUCAACAAGAUCCUUACGAGCAACGCGUCUUUGGUGGCGGAGUCGAGGCAAGUAUCUAGUAUGGGUACUAGAGGCUAUAGAGUUUACAGAUACAAGAAACGGUAUCUCGUCAUUUACAAUCACUUCGACUCCUAUCCAGAAGGCCUUGGUGUCGAGGUCCUGCAUAGCAUACCCUCGGAUCCCGAAGCAUUCCAGAUAUGGCUCGAAAAUAUGCGUUCCAUGUUCGAAGCAAGAGUGGCGGAACUAGGAGUAGACGAUGGACAGGCAUCAUACGAUGAGUUCAUCUCUACGAGGCAGCCCAGAAAUGAUCUGUUCAUCGAGUGGAUCUACGAGAUGGAUCUGGACAACCUCAUAUUCCACGUGGACUCGUCACCACUGUUUCGCCUCGACCACAUGCCACCCACGGAUGUUUUCCUCGAGUGCAUCUCCUUCGAUCACUAUGGCGAGCGAGCCUAUGCCAAAGAUACUCCGGAAGAAUACAGAUACGAUUGUAACUGGAACGCUCCUCCGCCAGUUGUGAGCAAGGAUACCCUCGAAGUGUACAAGUCACUCAAUGCCACUUCCGCGUCUAUUCGUGAGGUUCUCGCAGUGCAGCAGGAGUUCACAAGUCGGGAUGCUGCCCACGUUCGUCUCAUUGAAAUAUGUGUCGGAUCUAUCAUGCUAUCUGUCGGGACGUCGUACCUGCGCCAUAUGGAGAGGAUCAGAGAUCGGAGUGAAAUGUCCGAGGGUGUUGUGGCGCUUGCUAUGACAUUCAUGCACAACGCCAUCCGUCCACUUCCUCUCUAUCUUUCCGACGAUGAGGCAUACCGCCUUGAUGUCCCUUCGAAGGCGGACAGCAAGAUAUGGUGGACUCAGACUGGCGUUUGUGUGCAACUUUCCACUCACCUAGGCGACCAAAGAAAUCUCCAGGCAGCUAUCUCGACAAUUGUCGCUGAAAUGAUGGCCAGGACUGACCAAUCAGGCGCUAUCUACGGCGUAGUUUUCUCUGUAUUCCACUGCGCCAUAGUCUGCGUCGAUCAAGGGGCGGAAGCUAAUGUCAAGCAUACCCCAGCACUUCAGUUCCUCCCCUCUUAUUACGCAGAAUCUCCAUCCACUCCUGGAAUCACUGCUCUUGCCCACCUCGGUCGAAGUUUGAAGUUCAACAGAGAGGACUUAUCUUUUCUCUAUCACCACAUAUUUCCUGACUUCCAGGAAGAAACGGGAGUGUUGAAGUCUCCGACCCCCUCUAGCCGGUUUGACAGUAUGCCACCGGAGUUAUUGUCCAAGAUUGCUGGAUAUCUCGUGAAGACGGAAGACCUUUUGGCGUUUGCCCUAUCGUCAGAGCGGGCUGCAUCAGUUGCGGAGUACUUCCUGAGAUACCCGCAUCUGAAUUCGUACUCGCUACUCUCUGAAGUCGAAGACGAAAGCGAUCUAGGCCACAUCGCUCUCACCGCGGGAUACUUUGGAACUGCCUUCGAUGGCGGGGAGACUACCAUUGCUGUCGGCGUCGAUUCGUCCCAUCUCAGGACGUUGCUGACUCAUGUACACCACGAUGAGUAUCGGGACUCAGGAUCCUGUGUGAUCCCGACCUAUCCGGGGCUGCACAGUAAUCCAUCUUCCCUCCGUUACAGCGUCAUGAAGAACCUCACAAUGUGA